AUGAAACCAACCAGCGAAGACAGCUGCAGCUCCAACGAGUUCUUUAGUCCUCCAUUAUGGAGACAAAGAAGAGCCUUUAUCCAAGACAUACUGAAUCAGCACAAUAUUGAGACAAUCAUUGAUUAUGGCUGUGGUGAAGCAGCCGUGCUGUCAUUCUUGAUCUCUGCUACAGAGAACAAACUCACAAAAAUAGCUGGCAUUGAUAUCGAUCCAAAAGUGCUGCAGGAAGCUGUGGAGCGCUGCCUGCCCUACAAGAGUGAUUUCGAACAGUUGAGACCUCGACCUCUUGUGAUUGACAUAUAUCAAGGGUCUGUUGGCGUUGCUGAUGACAGAUUGAAAAACUACCAAGCUAUCGUAUGCUCAGAAGUGAUUGAACAUGUGUACCCUGAUGUACUGGAUGCAUUUCUGGAAUUGACGUUAGGCGUCUAUCAUCCCAAGGUCCUGAUUGUCACCACACCCAAUGGCGAGUACAAUGUCAACUUUCCUGAUUUGAAAUACAACACACCUGAGUCGAUAUUCAGACAUGAUGACCAUAAGUUUGAAUGGACUCGCAAAGAAUUUGAAUCAUGGUGCGAAGAGGGGGCAAAAAAGUACAAUUACAACACUGCAUACCAUGGCAUUGGGUUGCUACAUCAAAAGUAUGAUCAACUGGAGAACGGACACUGCACGCAGGCAUGUGUAUUCACCAGAGCAACAGAUUUUGUCUUGCUACCAUCAGAUCAAACACAUGGAACUCCACAUCACUUGAUCAAACACAUCGAGUUUCCUUACUACAAUGGAGAGACACCACCAAGAGACAAAAUCAUAGAGGAACUGGAGCAUUACAUUGAAGCUUUAUGCAAAGCGGACAGCUAUAUAAACCAAGAGCCUAGCAAAGGAUUUCAAAUGCAAGAUAGUGAUCGACAACAACAACAACAACACACAGACCUCGAUAUCACCAUCGUCGACUGGGAGUCAUUUGAUUUGUCGAAAUACGAUACACAGCAAAGUGAACAGCCUACACCCGAUAUUUAUACCACUACCAGCCCCACACAUACACCCAUUCACAUUAGCAUAUCAAGCUUAUGGAGCAUACUAAGAUUGCAGCAUAUUUGCGGAUCACAAGAAAACAUGGUUGAUAUUCUCAAGUCAGCGGAUCGAGAUUAUUUUCAGAUCAUGGAUGGCGAUACCACGAUUGUCGUGUCGAAAUCAUUUGAUUGGGAAGAAGAGGAUGGCGAGUCUGUCAAAUCAUUCUCGUCUCGAGAAGACUGGUAA